AUGAGAGCUGUGUUGGUGCUGUACUUCAAGUAUUUUCUGCGCUGGGAUGAUGAUUUUGCCACCACCAUCUAUCACACAUUUGUGGCUCUGUGCUAUCUUACACCCAUCCUGGGUGCCAUAAUCGCUGACUCGUGGCUGGGCAAGUUCAAGACUAUCACAUACCUGUCCAUAGUGUACACGAUUGGUCAGGCGGUCAUGGCUCUCAGUGGUGUCCAUGACAUCACAGACUAUGAUAAAGAUGGCACUCCAGAUAACAUGACUGUACAUAUUGCCUUGUCCAUGCUCGGGCUCAUGCUCAUUGCUUUGGGAACAGGUGGUAUUAAACCCUGCGUGGCAGCGUUUGGAGGGGAUCAGUUUGAAGAUCAUCAGGAGAAACAAAGAAGUACUUUCUUCUCCAUUUUCUAUCUAUCUAUUAACACUGGCGGCCUUCUCUCCACUCUCAUCACCCCAAUUCUAAGAGCUCAGGAGUGUGGUAUCCACACUAAGCAGAAAUGCUACCCUCUGGCUUUCGGAGUGCCAGGGGCUCUCAUGGUGGUUGCCCUCAUUGUGUUCAUUGUUGGAAAAGGCAUGUACAUUAUGGAUGAACCUAAGGGCAAUGUCCUGCUUAAAGUCAUGAAAUGCAUCGGAUUUGCAAUUAAGAACCGUUUCAACCACCGCAGUAAGAAGUACCCAAAGAGAGAGCACUGGAUGGACUGGGCCGAAGAGAAAUAUGAUAAAAUCCUGAUUGCUCAAGUGAAGAUGGUAUUAAAGGUGAUGUUCCUCUACAUCCCGCUGCCAAUGUUCUGGGCCUUAUUUGACCAACAGGGUUCCCGAUGGACUCUCCAGGCCACUGCAAUGGAUGGCGACUUUGUAAGUUACAACAGAUUUAAAGGAGUGUUUGUCAUUCAGCCGGAUCAAAUGCAGACUGUGAACCCCAUUCUGAUUGUGAUCAUGGUGCCCAUCAUGGACAAUUUAGUGUACCCACUUAUCAAAAAGUGCCAUCUUAACUUCACGCCCCUACCGAAGAUAACUGUGGGUAUGCUGUUGGCUGCUUUAGCAUUUGUGGCUGCUGCUCUUUUGCAGAUUCAAAUAGACGAAUCACUGCCCAACUUCCCGUCCUGCUCUGAAACCCAAAUCAAGUUCCUUAACUUGCUGAAUAGUGAUCUGCCAGUUUCAGUGGCUGGGCAAGAACCAUUCGUGGUGUCUGGUUUUCAGACCUCCGGUGACUAUAUGAGUUUUGAGAAAGAGAACUUCACCGUCUCUGUUGCGGGAGGAAACGCUGUUACAGCUCAUUUCAGGAAAGGAUCAAGACAAACUGUUUUAAUGAAUUCUUUUGGAAUCCAUGAGAUUCUUGAAGAUUUAACUGAAAAACCAGAGGAUGGUAAAAAUGCCAUUAGGUUUUUGAAUGCCUAUUUCGCUGAACUGAACAUCUCAUCAAAGUCCUUUGAACUGGGUUUCAUGUCUCCCUUUGAAUCGUCAAACUACACUUUGGUUGCUCAGGGCACAUCCAUUUUCACUAUUAGAAACGUGUAUGGGGAUGGAUGCAACUACACCAUGGAGAUGGGCUUUGGUAGCGCCUACACGGUGGUGAUCCCCAACAACUUCACUUUCACAGAAAAUUGUGCAGACUACAUUAUACCAAUAGAGGAUAUACCACGCAACAGCAUCCACAUGGCCUGGCAGAUCAUUCAGUACUUUGUGUUGACAUGCGGAGAAGUGGUCUUCUCUGUUACUGGCCUAGACUUCUCCUAUUCACAGGCACCAAGCAACAUGAAGUCCGUUCUCCAGGCUGGUUGGCUGUUGACUGUUGCUGUGGGCAACAUCAUAGUGCUCAUCGUGGCUGAGGCAGGCUCACUUAAAGACCAGUGGACAGAAUAUGUGCUGUUUGCCUCACUCCUGGUGGCCAUGAGUAUCAUCUUUGCCAUCAUGGCUUGCUUCUACACCUACACUGACCCGGCGUAG